AUGUCCGACACGUUGAUAUUUUCCCACGAUGGCGGCAAGUCGACAUCGAGCCCUCCGGUCGGCCUACGCACCUGUGACCCCCGCGGGACGCCCCGGCAGCCAAUGGCAGGAUCACAGAUGACGAUGAUCCCACCGCGGAGUCGAGAGGCCGGAAGCGUCGGCUUCACCCGGCAACAGAGCGCCGACUUCAGCUUGAGGCCCGGUGGAGACGGGACCACCGGGUCCGGGUCCGUGGACUCCGACCGGUACCAUCCGUACCAUCGACAGCUCAGCGACGCUCGUUCACACAGCGCCAGACGCCAGGCAUCUUCAUCCCCAUCAUCAUCGUCAUCAUCUUCGUCCUCAUCGUCCUGGGACCGGUUCAACGGCAGCGUUCAGAGUUCGUUCCCAGAACCACAGACGGACCCGGUCGAGCCGGCCUGCUUCCUGUCUCACGGCUACCCGCUCUACAGCUCAUCGGGCGCUCUGCAACACGUCUCCUCUAGACAGUAUCCUCAUAGUGAUCAGUGCAACAGCUCAACGUUUUCCCUCCAAAGUGUCUCCGCUCAGUCACACCUGGAGAGCAACGCAGAGUCCGUCUUCCCCAAGCCCAUCUACUCAUACAGCAUCCUGAUCUUCUUGGCUCUGAGGAACAGCGCGGCGGGACUUCUGCCGGUCAGCGAGAUCUACGGCUUCAUGACCCAACACUUCCCGUACUUCAAGUCCGCUCCUGACGGAUGGAAGAACUCCGUGCGUCACAACCUCUCCCUGAACAAGUGCUUCCAGAAGGUGGAGAACCGGCAGGAGGGCGGCCCCCGUAAGUGCUGCCUCUGGGCCCUCAACCCCGCCAAGGUGGACAAGAUGCAGGAGGAGCUGCACAAGUGGCGCCGCAAGGACCCCGUCAGGGUCCGCAGGAGCAUGGCGAGCCCGGAAGACAUGGAUCGCCUCCUGGGAGAGAGGCCCACCAAACUGAGGCCGUUGCCCUCUUUCGCCACCCCGGCGUUGCUAUCCAGGGUGGCCUCCAUCUUUGGCCCCGCCUCCUCGUGCACGCCGGCGCAGCAUCGGCCGCCGCCGUCGCGCCGCCCGCAGUACGCGCACGCUCAACCGCCGCAGCCUUGCUACCUCCCCCCGCCCGCCGCCGCCGCCUCCUCGCCGGCCGUCCUGCCCUGCAGCGGCGCCUCUCGCACGCCCGGACUUCCUGUUGGAGGGCGACGGCGGUUAUGA